AUGUCUGACCAUUCUAUCUCCGCCGAAGCCACCCCAAGGAGAUUGGAACUCCCCAAAGGCGAGGGCGAGCAAGAACUGGAAGACCUCGAGUGCGAGCCGUUGAACAACUACUUGGGCUCGAUCAUCCGAAACGCGCAGGUGAAAUUCCGCGACGACGCCGAGGCUGAACCGCCCGUGGAGCUUCCUAGUCUUGUUCAUGGGGACUCCGAGAGCGAGGAGGAACAAUUUAUGCCUCGACACCAGAUGGUCACAAACUUUCUAUCCGCGGGCUCAGGCUCAGGCUCCGUGGGUGGAAUAACCGUCGGCGGUGCUGUUGUCGAGAAUCUCUCCUUAGUCGUCCCUAGGGAUCGGGACGGUGGCUUUGGCGAUCUUCCCGUUUUGCCGAUUACGGCGAUGGGGCAGGAGAAGACAGAGCUGGUGGCCAUCGUGGGUAAAGAUCCAGAGGCGGGUGCAGCCACCAGUAUUCCGAUUUUAUUGAUGCCAGACGAGGAAGAGGAUGAGGGGGAGCCGUCAAGGGCAGGUGUUGGUGAUACCAUGUCGGGACUCGCAGGUGCUUCUGUUCUUGCAAACUUCGCCCCAAAACGGAAGACAAAGCCCCAAGUCGAGGAGAACCCAAAGAAGAAGGCCGGCGAAGGCACGACGGCCGAGACAGAGGUGGCAGAGGACAGGGCGAAGAAAGAGGACGAAGCCAAAGUUGCUAAGACCGAGCUGGAUAACUACGUGCUCUCCGGGGAUAUUAAGAAUCUUUUCGGCAUUAAAGGGUUGAAAGGAAAACUAUACAAAUACAAGGGCCCUGAAACCAAGGAGGACAAGAAGAAAACGAAAGACAAGAGAGAAGACAAGAAGGAAGGCAAAGGGGAAGGCAAAGGGGAAGGGGAUGAUCAACCGAGUGAGAAUGAUCAGGGAGACGCAGAGCCCAAGGCCGGCACUGCAGGUAAGGAUACCCCGGAGCUCAAAGCUGGCAGUGACGAUAGCGGACCCAACGGAGACAAAGCCGGAAAGCAAGAUGAGAAGGGGAGCAAGGAUGAGAAGGACAAGAAAGCGAAAGAGAAAAAAGAGCCAGCUCGCGAGAAGGUAAAGAUUAAUCCAAAGAGUUUGGCUUUGUUGGGUAAACCUUUGGGAACGCUUCUCCCAUUUCUUGAGAGCGAAGAGAUCGAAAGCCUACCCGUCGAGAAUCUCGAGUUCACUUACUGUGAAGAGAAAAGCGGCCAAUUCUUCCCUCCUGGUCUGCGUCUCGAGGUGGAUGUGCCGCUCACGGGUAGCCUGCAAUGGGCGACAGAUGCAUUGCAGAAGAUGUUUGGUGAGAAGAGAACGCCCAAAAAGGUCCAUCUUAGUGCAGACCUAGGUAAAACUAGGGACUGGUCGAAGCGACCAAAAGUGGGAGAUUUUGCGCUGCGAGGUUAUUUCAAGGAUUUUGGAUGCCAGACUUGGGACAUUCUCCAAUUCAAAGCCCUGGGGCUAGAACUUACAGCCACGAAGGCAGCCAGUAAGAAUGCUAAGGACAAUACAAAAGGAAAGGAUGAGAAGGAAACGGAGAAGAAAAGUGACAAGGGCGACGAUGAGAGCGAGCAGCAGAUGUCUCACAACGCUACCGGGGAACACCCGAGUGAGCCUAAUGGAACCAAGAGCGAUGAGCCAAAGGCUGAAGUCACGACAAAGCCGGCAUCAACGGUGCAGGCUGAACCUGACUCUACGGAGAGUGAGGCACAGCAAGAUGAUGCAAAUGGCAAAACUGAGGAAAGUAGUUCUUCGAAGAAGGACGAGGAGGGGAAGAGUGUAUCCAAAGAUGGCAAGGAGGACAGCAAGGAUAAGAAGGACAAGUUGCAGAAGUCCUAUAAUUAUGGCUUCGGUUUCUUCGGAACUGUGUCGUUCAUCAAAGUUCCAUACGCCAAGUCACCAUUGGACUUACACAUCAGGAUUGCUCGAGAUUUUGAGGUCGAGAAAGAGAAGAAGAAGGAGGCCAAGAAGGACGAAGCAAAAGAGAAGAAAAGGCAAACAAAAGACGAUGAAGGUGAAGCGAAGAAUGAGGGAAACGAAAAUGAGUCGAAGAAGGCUGAGCCGCUGGAGAAGAAAGACGAACCGAGCAGGGAGACCCAGAAGGCAAGUGAAGACACUGAACAGAUUGCUAACGAUGCCGCCCCUGCGGAUAGCACAGCAGGUGAUGGUGACGAAAAGGCCUUGCAGCCGACAGAGGGAGAUAGUAAACCGAAGACGGCCGAGAAGAAGAAACAUUCCGAUGGUAGGCAUAAGAGAAUAUGGAACGUGGUGAUCUUCUGUGAUGAAUGGAAGGAGAUCUACGGUGUCAAGCAUGUCUCAUUGAAAAAAGCCGAGCUCAAGUGGUCAUUCGAACAAGGGAACUUCAAGAAAUCAAUGGCAUUUGACCUAUCCGCCGAUAUCAAGCUGGGCGCCGGGACCUUCAAGGUCAAGGGCAAAGUAUCUAAAGCGGACAGCUUUAUAGAUGCUGAACUGGGCGAUGUCUCGUACCGCGACUUAAAGAAGAUACACGCCCAGAUUCAGGGUCAUGACGUGCCCGAAGAAAAGAAAAAAGAGGAGAAAGAACAGACAGCAGCGGAGCUCAAGGAGGAAAGCAAGAAGAAGGAGGCAGAGAAGAAGGAGGAGACGAAGGAGACUCAGGGCAAUGAGUUCAUAUUUAACAAGAUCCACCUCAAAUUAUCUAGCCAGUUCAUCGAAAAAGAGAAGACCAGGGUCGGAUCUUUGUUAUUAGAGGGCCAUGUCACAUUCAACGGGAAGGCUAGUGCAAAAGCUUUACUCGAGAUCAAUAGGGACGGCAUGACCAUUUCAGGAGGCCUUGCUGACUACCAGAUUCCUGAUGUUCCUGUUACCAUUAAGCAGGCACGGAUGCACAUUUUCAUAGGAUUCAAUCGGAACAAGAAGCAGAAGAAGAUUGAGGAGAGCAAGACAAAUGACAACAAACUAAUCACGGAUCCCCUGAGUGAAGGGAAGAGCGGCCAGCCCGACCAGGGCGAAACAACAGCAGUUGCUGAAGCUCAUGCAGACUCCAAGCCUGAUGCGAGUGAGACCAAGCAGAUUAAAGAGUCGAAUAGGAAGGAGAAGAAGACUAGACGCGAGAGUGAAUUUGCAGUUCUCGGGGUGGUGAAAAUCCAUCAAGUCACAGUAUCCGUUGGUCUCUAUAUCGCGCGGAAGAAUGACAAGGAGAACCGUGAUUGGCUUGCCUUUGGCAGUAUCCAAAAUUGCACAUUGUCCCAAUUCGUACCCGAGCUGAAGGACUCGCCUCUUAAUCUACAACUCGACAAUAUUGCGCUCAUCGCGUCGUCAGAGGAUCGGGAAAUCAAGGAGGAAGAGGAGGACAAGCAAGAUGAAAAGAUGGACAAGAAGGAGGAUAAGAAAGGGGAGAAGAAAGGGGAGAAGAAAGAGGACAAGAAAGAGGACAAGAAAGGGGACAAGAAAGAGGACAAGAAGGACGCUGGUGAUCCACAUGCAGGUGUUCUCCAGCAAGUCGAGUCCUACAAGUACCCUAUCCGAAAAGGGGUGCAACUAUGUGCGACCAUUAGGAAAUUUGACGCCCUGGAACAACUGAAUGACAAGAAGCCAGUCGACGGCCUAAUAUUGAUCAUUGCCUUUACCCCUGAAGGACUCGAGAUCGGCAUUGACCUGCCGAAGACCUUACAGGUCAAACUGUUUGAUGAUGCCAUACUCGGUGAUUUCGGGGCCAAGAUUCUUGCAACUGAGGGAGCACUUGCACUGUCUACCACAUUGACCCUUAUGGUGCAUGGCCAAAGGCCCAUCAGAGUUAACGGUAAAAUCAAAGGGAGCUGCUUGCAAGCCAAUGCCGAACUCUAUAUGAAUCCGAAAGAUAAGUGGAUCAAUCCAUUCCAGUUGAACGAUAAGGUUGUGGUAUCCAAACUAGGUGUCGGUGCGGGAAUCACCUAUGCCACAGUGUGUGUUUCAGGACCUGAUCAGGUGUCUAUCCGGGGGAGAGUUGACAUUGGAAAAGACUUCCACGCCGAGAUGGCCCUCAGUUUGGGGGUGAAAAAGGAGCAGGUCAUCUACUUCGACAUAUCCGAAAUCAACGUAUCGAAGCUGAUCCAACUGGUUGGAGAGAUGACAGACAGAGUGGAGCUGCAAAACCUGAACGGAGGAGAAGACUUCCUCGUCUUCCGUGACAUCAUGUUCUUUAUAUCCACGGGCGGCAUGGCCCUUGGCGUCCGCUAUGAUAGAGGCAUACAUGUCCGAGGCAGUGUGGAAUUCUUCGGCAAGACCGGUAGGUUUGAUGGUCGGAUCGGUGAUGAUGGAAUUGUGAUCAAGGGGGCCAUCGAUAAUUUUAAUAUCGGUGGCCUUAAAGUUCACUCAGCCAGGGACGAGGGCAAACCGGCGAUGAUGGAUAUCGAGAUGACGGGCGAGAAGCAGAAGGUCCUGAUGGAUGGGGUAAUCAGUUUUCAUACCUUUGAACUGAGUAUCUUCAUUGACGCGUAUCUGCAAGAGAAACGCUUAGAGGCCGAUAUAUCCAUCAAGUUCACUGAGCAUAUACUCCUGCAUUUGAAGGCAAAGGCGAACGUCUCCGAUUUCCAAUCAUUGGAUGGAGUUGUGAUGAACUUCGAGGCGGAGAUUCGUCCCGAUGUACUCGGAGCAGUCUUUGAGGCUAUCGACCAGGCCAUAGCUACACUUGGAAAGAUGGCAUCGGAUAAGCUUAAGGAAAUCGAGCAAGAGCUCCAGAGACAGGUGGACGAAAAGGAAUCCGAGCUCAAUACGAUGAACAAGGAUCUGCAACGCCUGAAGCAACAAGUGGAAAAGCAGGUACAGGAGCGAGAGGACCAGAUCGACAAAGAGAGUCAGAAAAGGAAGGAGUUAGAGGAAGAGCUCAAGGGGCUGGAGAAGGCAGUAGAAGCGGCCGAGGCAGACCAGAAUAAGAACGAGCGCGAAAUCAGAAACUUGAAAGCCAGGAAAGAAAAGAAGGAGCGAGAAUUCGAUGACAAGAUACGCGAGAAGGAGCUCGAGUACCGCCAGAAAGUACAGGAAGAGCGCGAUAAGCAGAAAGAGUUGGAGGAAAAGAGGGAGAAACUAGAAAAACAAAAAGAAGCGUCCUUCGGUGAUGCAUUGAGAAGUAAAGAAGAGGCCGACCGCAGCUGGGCCUGGUGGGUGGCGGAAGAAGACCGUCUAUACCAGAAGAUCCAGGAGAACAAGAGGAAGGCAUGGAGGGCAUGGGAUGCUUGGGACUGGGGUGGCGCGAAUUACUGGAACUGCGUGGUGAAGAAGCAGGAGAUUGAGUUAGAGUGGAUGCACGGAAAGAAAGCAGCUGAUGCUGAGGCCCGUCAUGCAGCGGAGAAAGCCCUCAGCAGUCCUUUAUGGAGGACAAUCGAAAAUGGUCUAAACGAGGCCGUACAGAAGAUUGAGGACCAUGCCAAAGCUUUAGAACAUAUCAUCAACGGUGAGGGAUACAAGGCCAUUCAGGUACUGCAAAAGGAUAGGAAAAGGGAGCUAGACAACCAGAUUGCCGCGCUCAAACGGCUCGAAAGGAUCAGCAAAGAAAUCGAGAAGAAGCUCACAACAGCGCGCCAGGCGCUGAAGAGGAACAAGGGUCGCAUUACCGAGGAGGAAAGGACACUACAAAAGGAGGUUGAGAGAUUGCAAGGCGAGCUUAAAACAAGGCCCUUCGAAGAAGCGUAUAGGGCCAAGCUCCAAGAGCAUGAAAGUGUCAAGGCUCAGAUAAAGAACAUCCAGAAGAAGCUGUCAGAAAUCCGAUCGGGUAUCGACAAGGCUACGAAAUCGGCGCAAAGAUAUGUUGAUGUGCUGAAGCAGGCCACGCCAGCCGUGGAACGCAUUGUUAUCACUGGUUCUACCGACGUCUUCGCCAAGAACAAGCCACUGGCAUUCAAGGUUGAGGCCCGCUGGAUGGGUAAGCCACUGCACGUUGACGUGCAAUGGGCGCCCGGAUGGGCUGUGGCCGAGCUUUAUGAUCAAAUUGGCUCGAAGGUACUCGAAGCUGCAGGCAAAGAAGCCUGA